AUGGAGUCCCAAGCAGCAAGCCACGCCACAGCUCUCUGUAUCAUCCCCCCAGAGGAGCAUUGGACGGCAAUCAAUCGUCUUCGCUUUGACAACGACAAGGCCUACACGAAAUGGCCCCCUCAUGUCAAUCUCAUCUAUCCGUUCGUCAGAUCCACGGAGAGUAGCGUGCUGCAUCAGGCUUGUGAUGCCGUUGUAUCGUGCCUGAAGGACCGUGCCGCCUCAGGCGAGCUCGCUCCCCUGCCUAUCCGUCUUGAUUCACCGGGCUUUUUCUCCCACAAAAAUGGCAGCACCCUCUUCUUGCGUGACGAGAAUGAGGGGAAUAUCUCCCGGCUAACAUCGCUGCGAGGCGCCAUACUCGCGGCCAUCGGCCAGAGCCGGUCAGAGCCCUACAAUAUGCACCUUACGAUGGCUCAGUGCGAAGACGCAGCUCCUUUGUCUAAGUUCGAGUUCUUGCUUGACAAGCUUCGUCGGCUACCAGCCGUAACCUGGGAGGCUAACCAGCUCUCAGUCCUGGUUCGCAGUCCUUCUGGACAUAUGAGGCAAUGGGGUGUCAUUGACCUAGUUUCCCAGUCCUUUAACAUUUGCAGACAUGCUCCCAAUUCCAGCUCGGAUACACCUUCGCCAACCAUUCCGCGGCCAACGUGGUAUUUCUCCCGUUCAGACAUGGCGUGGAAACGCCUGGUCCAACCAUCUGAACCAGAGGUCUUCGACAACAAGCAACACGGGAAUCUUGUUGUCGCUAGCUGGAACGUACUAGCAGAGUUUCAUUAUCCCCCAUCCCGGACCAGAUACUCCUUGAUCGUGGAAAAUCUACUCGCAGAAAAUGCGAUUGCGGACAUCGUAGUCCUCCAAGAGGUGACAGACGACUUUCUAGCCUUUCUGCUCGCAGAUGAACGCAUCUGCAAAACGUAUUUCUACGUCUCUGAGGGUUCGCCAAAUGACGCUGAGGCUGGCCCCCUGCCCAACAUUCUCAACACUGUUGUGCUCAGCAGGGAACCAUUCUCGUGGGAAUACCUGCCCUCGAAGAGACAGCAUAAAGGAUCAGCCAUUCUUCAGUUCGAAGAACUCCUACACAAUGAUACUCAGGAACCAGUCCUUCCCCUUGUCUUGGCAACCUGCCAUCUAAGUCAGGGCCUUACAGAUGGCGCGGUCGUUGCUAAAGAAAAGGAAUUGCAACGGAUCCUCAACCAUCUGAAGAGUAAUCACGCAGCAAACCAAUGGAUCCUGGCCGGAGACUUCAACAUAGCCACUUCUUCUUACACUAUCGACGCAGCAGUGAAACGCGGCUCCAUUACGGUACAGACAGAGGAUCUUCUUCGUGGAAUCGAGGCAACUCUGGCAGAGACCAACUUCCUGGACACGUGGUUUAUCUCUCGUGUCGAGGCCGGCGUCAGCGACAAUAUCAAGGGCGAUAUCCACGACAGUUUUGAAGGCGAACAGGGUGCCACAUUUGACCCCAGAGCGAACCCUCAGGCCGUGAAAAUGGUCGGAAGCGGCCUGAACAACCGACCACAGAGAUAUGACCGCAUUCUAGUGAAAAAUGGCGGUCCCUUUCACAUCUCUCGGUUCAACAUGUUUGGCUUCCUCACUGGCGAUGGCGAGAGUCCAGGUGGACCCCUUUACGCAAGCGAUCAUUGGGGUAUUCGCUGCCUUUUACGGCGUUCUUCACUAAAAGAUGGCUCCAGCACCAGUGCUCGAGUCGUCCCUGUCGAGGCUAAACGGGCACCUGGAUCUAUGUCUGAUGUCACCGCUCUAAAGCAGACUUUGGAGCUUCUCGAUGUUGUCCCGGCAGAAAAAGAUGAGCGUACCCGGAAACAGGCCCUGGGGCUGCUACGAAUGAUUCUUUGGGAGAACGAACAGACGAAUGUGGAGCAGUCGCGUGGUCAACCGGCCCUUGUACUAGUUCCUGUCGGAUCGUAUGGUCUUGGCGUAUGGUCGAAAUCGUCCGAUAUUGACUGCCUCUGCAUCGGAUCAAUCAGUCCUCGCGUCUUCUUCACUCUUGCCAGGCAUCGUCUGAGAAAGUCGGUCGGAGAAGGUGUCCGAAUACUACGGAAGGUGAAGGCAAAAACCGGCACUAUGCUCGAGAUCGAGGUCCUUGGGCUGAGAUGCGAUCUCCAGUAUUGUCAGGCAGCGAGCGUUGCCAACCAGUGGCCAAACUUGCUGAAGCGUCCCCCAUCUGAUGCAGCUUUCAGCUUGCCAACCCAGACGCUCUUGAAAUUGAAGCCUGCUAGGGACAUGUACUACAUUGCUAGGUCUGUCCCGGAUCUUGCUCAGUUUCGCGUCUGUUAUCAAGUGAUCAAGACUUGGGCCAAGGCGAACGGGAUCUACGCAGCCAAAUUCGGAUAUCUUGGCGGCGUUCACUUGUCUGUUAUGUUGGUUAGGGUUUGCAAAAUGCUCCUACAUGGCAUGGGUACAGUUUCGACUGCCGACGUCAUCGCUACCUUCUUCGACCACUAUGCGCACUUCGACUGGAAGAACGACAUUGUCUUUGAUCCAUUCUUCCACAAGCAGCUACGGUAUCACCGGACGCCCAGAGAAGCCAUGUGCCUUCUUGGAUGGCAUUCGCCGAUACUUAACACCGCACUCAUUGCUUCUGUUCCCACGGUCAAGAUCAUCUCGACGGAGCUACGCCAAGCCAACGCCAAAUUCACGGAGGGCGCAACCUGGCAGUCUAUUCUUUCGGCACCUGGCAUGAUCGCGGAAAAGGACUUAUCACAAGGCGCCGCAAGCUUCCUUUCCUCGUUCAAAACGUUCGUGAACCUCCGCAUUCACUACUGGGGAGGGUCGCUGGAACGUGGGAGUCGGCUUGUUGGUUGGCUCGAGUCCCGUUGCGCAUCACUCCUCGUCGACAUCAACAGGAAGGUCCCGGAGCUUGCUCCGAGAAUCUGGCCCGCGAGAUUCGUCGACGCGGCGACACCCAACUCACAAUGCCAACAAAGCGAAUAUCAAGGCUCGUAUCUUGUCGGCCUAGAAUGGAUGUGCGAGGACGAGAGGCCAGAAAAGGAAACGCUGACCACGACGCACAGCAACCUGCAAGGCGUGCUGCAUCAAUUCGAAGAACAUAUUCACGGCGAUAAAAAAUACUACGAUGCGACGACUUCCUGGUUCAGUGCGACUCUUGUCAAACGCACCGAGUUGGGAGAUCUCAGGCUGGACAAUCAAGAGUGGGGCGACUACGUCGACGGCGAUGACGAUUCAGAAUCGGACGAGGAGGAAGACGAGGAAGACGAGGAGGAUCUUUCAGUUUCGGGCCUACCGCCGGGAAAGCUGGGCAAGAAGGAGAGGGCGAAGGCGGCCACAAACCAGCCACGCUCAACGGUCGUGCCCAAACCCGAGGGUGCGGGCAAGUUCAGAACGGCUCUGGAUGUUCUCAACAGACUGAGAUGGGACGCUGACAUGGACGGAAACGACUUCGUCGUCGGUUAUGAAGAUAGAUUUCUAGGGGCACAGGAGAAGGCUUUGGUGGAGUGGAAAAGCGAGCAGACGCAUGAAGAAUUCAUUCCGCAGCAUAGAAUUCUUUGGUUCAAGCGACGGAGCGACGGAGUCGUUGUUUGGGACAGAUCCAAGCGUGUGGAUCUGCUAUUUAAAAAGACACCUUAUAGAUAG